ACCCGUACAACUAGCCCCCUCAGAGUGAGCAUAUCUGUCUUGACUGAUGUGCUUGCUCUGAAAAUAGUGCUCUCCAUACAACUAGCCCCCUCAGACUGCGCGCUUUCCGCGAAAUGCUGGUGUGUUUAUGUGUUAAGUGCUGAUUAGCUUUCUCGUAGUGAAUACCACCUGUAAUUUCGCUGAAACUAAGCAGAUAGGGUGUCCUGCUCCCUCUUACCGAUAUGCUCCUUUGGGGAUGCUUGGACGCUGACUGGUCCCCUUGAGAUUUUGGAUGCUGACUAGUCCCCUUGAGGUUUUGGAUGCUGACUAGCCCCCUUGAGGUUUUGGAUGCUGACUAGUCCCCUUGAGGUUUUGGAUGUUGACUAGCCCCCUUGAGGUUUUGGAUGCUGACUAGUCCCCUUGAGGUUUUGGAUGCUGACUAGCCCCCUUGAGGUUUUUGGAAUUUUUUAGGAAGUAUUUUGAAUUUGUACCGCUUAAAUUUAUUCCACGUGUGAUGCAUCUGCGUGCUAUGCGACGCGUGUCGCUUUAUCAUUUUAUUUCAAUGGCUGAGAUUUGCUCUGUCCUUUCAACUGCCUUUACCUGUCAAAUCGCCCGUUUUCCUCGAUUUUUGACUAUUUAACUUUCUUUUCUUAAAACGUCAAAACACUUUCGCUCUUUUCUUCAAACUUUUCUCUCUCUUUCUCAAAUCUUCUCCUUUGUUCCUGCGAGUUAUUUUUUCGGCGCUGUUUCUGUUGCUGACUGUGGUGCUUGCGGAAGUGUUGUACCUCGGUUCUGGGCUGCUAAAUUUCCGUUGUGCGAGAAGGUCUGCAUACUCUCAACUUUGCUAUUCUCGGUUUGGGCAAAGACGGUCGUCCUACUACCAACAACCCUCCCAAUCCGAAAGGUGUGUUUUCUACUCUGUCGACCUACGCAACCCAAGCCAACAAAAAGCGUGGUUCGACUCGGGAGGAGGUUGCGAGUGAGUCUCCUGCUAAGAAGACAAAAAGAUUAAGCUCCAUACCAGCUCCCAAACCACUUUCCAUCCGUGCACCCACUGGAGUUGUUUUCAAAACGACUCAUACUGCUCCCGACAACCCUGCUCCAAAACCUGUCUUCAAGACCGUCCAUACUGCUCCUGACAUGGCUGGUGGUUUUAAAAGUUUGGAUUGCGGUCGUGGUGCUGCACUUACUGGCAGGCGUCCUCGCGAUCGUAACCAACCCUUCACUCGGGUGAAUCGGUCUCGAGUGGACGGUACUACACAGCCUGCCCCUGACAAGUCUCAGCAGAAGUCUCCUGAGAAGGGUAUUGAAUCAGCUGCCGAUGCGAACGUCGCAGGCCAAGGGGUGAUGCUGUUGAGAAUGUUGAGCCGAUAGCCCAACCAGACUUGAUGGUUGUGGAUCUUAUGACUCCAACCCGCCAGAAUCAGGAGCAAGAGGUUAAUGAUACUGAUGUUGCUGGUAUGGGCCAGAAGACUCCUCCUCUCAUGCCUCCUACUCUUCAUACCUCUUCUGGGUAUGUUCGCCCUAGCCAGAGCGCUGGUACCAGCUCUGGUCUGAACAUGGGUGUCUUCGUCCGUCCUGGAGAGUGGAUUGAGAAGACUCCGAUUUGCUUAACUCCCAGGAAGAUGAAGUACUUUGAGGUUCCUCCUGGUGAGCCUGACGAAUCCUGGAACCCUAAAAUUGAUCUUCUUCGUGGUGAGUCGAUACUCACCGAUGACUGCAAAGGAGGUGGUUGCAUGGGUUGGAGGGCUUUGAAGGAUCUGGCUACUCCUCGCGACAAUCCUGCUGCUGAGAUUGACGCGCCGGCUGCCCAACAUAUGAAUGACUUGCUCAAGGCCUGCAACUCUGCAGUGGAGCUUGUGAAGCUGUACCUCUGCUACCAGGAGCAGAAUGAAGACCUUCAGAAAAGGCAGGCUGAGCUGGAGAAGCAGGUGAAUGACGCCAAGCAAGAUCUGGACCAAAAAACUUCUGAGCUGAAAAGGGUGAAGCAACGCAACCAAGAGUUGGAGAAUGUUGCGAACAAACUGGAGGCAGAGGAGACCAAAAACAAAGAGCUGUCUGAGAAGUUGCUGGAGGCGGAUGAGAAGGCCAAAGCUGCUUACAAGACCGGUGCUCGGGAUGGUGCCUUGCGAUUUUCUCGGUCCCAGACCUAUAGUAAGCGUAUCACGGAUAGUCAUAACGGUGGCUGGUUUGCUGCCCACCGUUGUGGCGUUCAUGGUAUUGGCCUUACCAAGGAGGACUGUGAGGAUAUUGAGUAUGCUUUCCUGGUGGAGGAAAAGCACAGGGUACCAACCGGUUGGGAGUCACAGAUCAUUCCGGAGGAGAUCAUUCAGAAUGCUGAUCCCUUGACUCUCCCUCCCAUUGAGCUGAAGGAAGAAGACUACCUGGAUCCUGCCCUGCUGUCUUCCAGUACCAACCAGACGGAUCAUCAACAAGUUUGAAGGUGCGGGCAGUCAUCACCGGUAUCAUCCUGUGGUUCAUCUGGCGUUGCUGCUUUUAAAGAUUAGUUUAUUUUUUUAGACGCACUUUUGGUAUCAGCUGUUUGUGGCACUUUUUGCCCUGGGAUAUUUUAUGCUUGUUUUUGUAAACUUUACCUUGUGCCAUUUUUGAUCAGCUAACAAAUGUCAGUUUUGGUGUUGGCUGUCGAAUUUGCUUUAUUCAGAUGGUGUUGCUCUUAUGCUUAUGAUAUUGUGUUGUUUAUUUUAUUU